AUGGAAGACAUUCAAUAUUGUAUUGAGACGAGCAGAGAAUUAUAUAAUUCCCUUGAACAAGAUGUCAAUGAAACGAAAGCCACGUUCGAGAACGUCUUGCUGCCCAUAGCAAACCUUGAAAAUCUGUGCGGACUCAGAUACCAUAUUGUUGGAUUCUAUAAGUCCGUGACGAGCAACACAUAUGUGCACAACGCUUCUAUUGAGUCCAUGAAGAUGAUAGAGAGCUUCGAAAGGCAAUCUUGCCAACAUAGCGGCAUCUUCAGACUCGUCUCCGCUGUAGCGCAAAGGGGACAGACCCUCCUCCCAGAGCAGCAGCAUUUUCUUGAUGAUCGGUUGAGAUGUUUUCGACAACAUGGUCUUCAUCUGAACCCAUCAGAACAGACAAAAUAUAACCAAAUUCAGACACGGCUCAGCGAACUCCAAUAUGCGUAUGAGGAGAAUCUGAAGCAUCCACCACCGACGCUGGAAUUUAGCAGAGCAGAGCUGGAAGGUGUAUCGGAUGAGUGGCUUUCCAUCUGGAAGUUGGAAUCGGAUUCUAAAGGUGAUAAUUUGUUCAAGAUACCCUUGGGACGAGCGGAGGUCUCGCUUGUGCUGCGAUCUGCGACGGGAUCACACACACGGGAGAGGGUGUACGUGGCAAAUGAGAACAAGAAUCACGAGAAUGCGGCAAUAUUUGCAGAAAUUGUCAAUUUACGCAAUGAUGCGGCCAGGAUAGCAGGAUUUCAGAAUCAUGCAGACGGUGCCUUGGUAGGCAAUAUGGUGAGAUCGUUCCGCGAUGUGGAUAAAUUGCUCUGGGCCCUGAAGCAAGAUCUCAAUGCUGCCGGACAGGAAGAGAUUGCCUUUUUGAAGGAGGUCAAACGGAUUCAUCUGGAGGAAAUGUCAGAGACCUUUAGUGACUCUUAUCAGUUAUGGGACCACCACUUCUACAGCCGCUUGCAAGCGAACAAAGAUGCUCACACCAAUAUUGACGCACUGGUAUCGGCGUACUUCCCUUUAGAACAUGUUCUACGGCGUGUUAUGCAGAUGGUAGCAAGGCUAUUCGGAAUCAGAUUUGAAGGGAUAACCGAGUCGAAAGAUCGGAAUGGGAUUGUCUGGCAUGAGGACGUCCGAUUAUUCGCAGUUUGGGAUGACAGUGACGCAGUCAACUGUACAGAGCCCUUUCUGGGUUAUCUCUAUCUAGAUCUCUUUUCGAGGGCAGGAAAGUUCGGUGGUCGUGUCGCCAACUUUCUCCUCCAGCCUGGCUUCACUUUCGCAAACGGAACCAGGUGGUAUCCUGUUACUGCAAUCCUCAGUAAUUUUGCAAGACCUACCAUCAGCAACCAAGCCAAUCUACAAUUCGAUGAUCUGAUUGCUCUAUUCCAUGAAUUUGGACAUGCUGUUCACAACUUGGUGUCAAAAACCACGUUCUCUCGUUUCCAUGGCACUAGGGUGGCGAGGGACUUUGUCGAGAUCCCUAGCCUAUUACUCGAAAGCUGGUGUUGGGAAGAGUCCAUACUGCAUUCUAUCAGCUCGCCUUCUCUUUUGUCUCCUUCCACCACCCGACCUACGCAUAAUAACAAUGUCAAUACCUCUACAUCAUCGAUAUCUCCAUUCUCAUUGCUCCAAAAUUUCAUUAACGCAAAAAGAUCACAUCGCGUCCUCUCAACCUUGCAACAAAUCCAUUUCGCAACCUUUGACAUGGCAGUGCAUCAAAUCGGCGAUUCAGAAGCCCUUAACACCACCUCCAUCUCAAAGCUGUACAAUCGCCUCCAGCGCCAAGUCGUUGGUUUGAAUAGCUCCUGUGUGCGCGAUGAAAAGGAUGACUGGGGGCAUGGAUACGCAAACUUCGGUCAUCUUGUCUCAGGCUAUGAUGCUAGGUAUUACGGAUACAUAUAG